AUGAACAGGAAAACCCCCAACAUGAUUCGAAGCAGCAACGCGAGAAGCAAAAGGAACGAACUCAACGAGGAGCAGAAGCUGGAAAUAAAGGAAGCAUUUGAUUUAUUCGACACCAAUGGCACGGGAAGAAUCGACGCGAAGGAGCUGAAGGUUGCCAUGCGGGCCCUGGGCUUCGAACCCAAAAAGGAGGACAUUCGAAAAAUAAUCUCCGACGUUGACCAAGACGGGUCGGGCACCAUCGACUUCAAUGACUUCCUGGACAUCAUGACGAUUAAGAUGAGUGAGCGAGACCCCAAGGAGGAAAUACUCAAAGCCUUCCGCCUCUUCGACGACGACGAAACUGGAAAGAUAUCCUUCAAGAAUUUGAAGCGAGUGGCGAAGGAACUCGGAGAAAACAUAACUGAUGAGGAAAUCCAGGAGAUGAUCGAUGAAGCUGACCGAGACGGAGAUGGAGAAAUUAACGAGGAGGAAUUCAUGCGCAUCAUGAAGAAAACGAACCUGUUCUAGGGACACUGCGCACGACGAUGGGAAAGCAGCUUCUGUAACGUUUGCUCGGUUUUCUCGGUCCGCGCCCCACCCCUGGGCCCUCACCGCUCCACCUUCAGCUUGACUUGGUCCGUGAGUGUCACUCGCCUUUUUUUCUUCUUAAAUGGCUUCUUCCUCGGUUGCGAAAGGGGACCUGGCCAUUUCUCCUCCAUGUAAUCGAUGCGCUCCUCCAAUGUAUCUA